UACAUGAGGUAAUAAGCAACACUUGCGUGACGCCUUUGUCUGGUGACUCAGUUCAUAACUUUCUAAAGUUCGUUUCUUGCCACGUAUCUGCGACUAUUUGGUUUCAUUUUGGUGUUCAUGUUCAUAUGCUUUAGUAGCUUUAAAACGACGUUAUAAUCUUUGGGUAUAUUAGCUUCUCUUUGAGCGUAAUUCUUUUAGUGAUGGAAGCAAUAAUAAAAUCAGCUUUGAGCAUAGUUGUGGAUGUCGAGGAAAGCCGAAAUGGAAUGCAUUUUUUGGAUGCAUUUAACAAUGAAUUAAAGAAAAUAUACGAUAAAUUAUUGCCAAAUGAUCUUCGUGACAGUUUCAUUCACUUCGAGGAAGGAGUUAAAAAGCUGAAACCCAAGCAAGAGUCGACUUCAAAUGAAACAUCGUCAUCGACACAGGUUCCAUUAUGUCGAACGCGUUUCAAAAAAGCUGGAGAAGGAGCGAAAAAGGCGUUUGAAAAUGAUUUGUCGACCAUUGAAGAAAAAAUAAAAGCAAGCAAGAUACGCAUUGCAAGCGCUAUUCUUGAACAUUCAGAUAACUGCGGGUUAGCAACAAGGGAUUUCAUGUUAUGUCUAAAAGAUUUAAACUCCUCGAUUGUCGCGGGAAUAAAAGCCAAAUCUCGCAACUGCAUAGGGACUGAAGUCCUUGACAUAGUAAUAGAUAUCAACUUGGCGUUGGCCAAUUUCAUCUUUAAGCACACAAACAAAAGGAUGCCUAUUUUGGAAUGGCCCCAGAUUCAAUAUGAUGAGCAGCUGAUUCAUCCUUUUUAUUACAAGAAGAUUGAAGAAAACACGACUACUUCAUUACCUUGGCACUCAACUCACUUUCCUAAGAAUACUGACCUCGUAAACAUGAUCGUAAACAAAGAAGGAGAAUUAUUAAUUUUUGAUAGAAAUGAACUCCAAAAACUUAACAGCAAAACCGAUGUGUUUGAAACGUGGUGUCCGUUUCAAUGGUCGGAUGUUGAAAGUAGGCAAGUAAAAUGCAUGAAUGUUGAUGAAAAUGGUGUAGUAUAUCUACUUUUGGGUGGCAAAGACAAAUCGAAUGGCGAUUAUACCUUGUUGCUUUGUUUGGAAGACAAAAUUGUUCAAAAAUGUUCCUUGUACUUUCGUGAAGAAAUACAAUUUAGUAAGAUUUUUCUUGCUGUAGCACCAAAUGACAAUAUUAUCAUUGCUACUGCUCCAGUCAAGAAGGAUCAAAGCAACGUCAGGAUGUAUGUGCAUAACGGUAAAGGCAACCUUAAUAGGUCAUAUGUAGCAAAGGGGAAACAUAAACCAAUUGAUGAUGAAAUGAAAUAUUUGUCCAUUUCCUCCGACGACAACAUAGUCAUUUUGACUUAUAAAUCACCCAAGAUUUACCGAAUUAUCAUAAGUACGAUGGAUGGAAAAUUUGUUAAAAAAAGGAAAUUUCAACCACACAAUGGCAAAAUCAAUUCAUACAAUGAAGUCAUUUAUACUCCCGUUACCAACAGUGUCACAGGUUUUUUCUUUGACAAAUCAAAGCUGGUGAUUGAGACUUAUUUUGUUAAAACCGAAAAAUUCAUGUUGCCAAUAAUCCUGACAAAUAUUGGAUAUGACUCGGAAAUUUUUGACGAUUCAUUACGCAUCGUUCAGUAUGCUUGCGAAAACGUGGCAUUAGUGUCUAGAAAAAAAGGUUUAGUUCGUUUUAUUAAAGGAAAUCAUAGGUGCGGAGGCGUGGACGCGACGUUGAAGUGGAUGAACAUGAAAGUGAAGACAGAUUUAGACUCAGUUCCAGAAAACUUGUCUUCAAAUGCUAACACAUCGUCCACUGCUCUUAUCAAUUCAGGGUCACCCGAAGACAGCGAUGCUACAGGAGAGAAUAAUCGCCAUCAAGAUGAUACAAAACAAGAAAACACUUCUUCGACUUCUAGCACAUCGGCCACUACUUUUAUUAACUCGGAGCCAUCCGAAGACAGCGAUGCUACAGGAGAGAAUAAUCGCCAUCAAGAUGAUACAAAACAAGAAAACACUUCUUCGACUUCUAGCACAUCGGCCACUACUUUUAUUAACUCGGAGCCAUCCGAGCCUUUAGAUUGCAAUCGCAUUGACCUAAGUCCUGACGACGAAAGUUCCGAUGAAUAUUCUAGUGAUGACACUUAUUACUCUGCCACUUCUGAUAAUUUACAUGAUAAACACUCUUCUCAAAAUUUUGAAGAUGAUCUUGAAUUUAAAGAUAUGUUUCUUGAUGACAAAUUUAACAUUCGAGAAGAUGUGCAACAGAAACUUAAAAGUUUACGUUGGAUGCGCGGGAGAUAUGGAGCAGUCGGUCCUAACGAGAUAAUACCAUAUCUUCACAUUUUUGUGACAGUUGAUUAUGAGAAAGUAGACACUAAAGAUAUUCUGCAAAAUGACAUAAAUGAUAAAUUUGGAUCAGAUGCUUCAAAGUAUUUUGAAUUUCGGCAGAAAGGGUCAGAAAAAGCGAAGCUCCAAUCCUUAUCAAAUAUUUCCAUAAGAAGAAAUGAUCAGAGAAUUCUUUCAAGAGGCACGGUAACAAUGUUUUGCUGCCUAAACGGGAAACAUUACGCGUUGACAUGUUGCCAUCUUUGUUACAAUGAAGUUGACGAUGGCAAACAUUAUAAAAUGAUCAAGUUGGCAACUAACGACCCAAAUGCAUUUAAAUUGCAUUUGAAAUCAAAUGAAUACGUUUACAGUAUCCCUCCGAAUACUGAAAUACAACUAGGCUCUUGCAGGGACUACGUUUUGCAAAAUGAUGUGGACAUCAUAUCAAUAGAGGUUAAUGAAAGUAUUUCAGUGGAAUGCAGACGAAAAGGAGUACACAAUCCUUCUAAUUGGGGGGAUGUGUGGCGGGAGCUGUAUAUACGAGUACACAAAGACUCUUCUAGUCCAGUUGAAGUGAAGAAAUAUGACGGAACACGUAGGAUAGGCUACAUUGUUGAUACUUGUUUUUCGCAUUAUUCUCCUGAAGAUGAGGUUGAUAUUAAUAAUGCUAUUCUGGUAAAAUGCAGAAAAAGUUUUCUUAAAUCUGGUGAUUGCGGUGUGCUUGUAUAUUUUCAUGAUGAAGCUGGCAGAAGAAUUCCUUUUGGUUAUGGUGUUGCUCGGUUUAUUAGCUCGGAUACAUGGGAUCCAGGGUAUAAGUAUUAUAUUUGCUUCAAACUAGAUAACGCUUUAAGAAAGUUAUUUGGCGAAGAAAACUACAAGAACUGUGGCUGUUUUGAACAAUGUGCAAAUCACAUUAAGGAAAUCAGCGCAAUAGCAUCUUCAAAUGCAAGCACAUCAUCUACUACAACAAUCAAUACAGAGCUAUUCGAAACGUCGUCUUCAAUUACUAGCACAUCGGCCACUACUCCUAUCAAUUCGGAGCCAUCUGAUCAGCCCACUUGUGACUCAGCUGUUGCUGUGUGUGAUCGUCCAUUUAAACCGAAGGAAUUGUGUCGCAUCGCUGAAAGAAUAUGUAGUGAAUGGGAAAAAGUUGCCAUACUCACUGGUUUAUUCAAACAGUGGGACAUCGACAACAUUGCCCAAAACACUACACGGCAAUCACCUUCGAAGAAAUCCAAUGAAAUGUUGUCAAAUUACAAGUCACGGAAUGGAACUCGAAUAGAACUCGCUAAGGCUAUAAAGGAGGCUGGUUUUAUAGAUAUAGCCCAAAAGGUUCAAUCAGGAUGUUAUAUUGAUUGCACUGAUUAGUUUUCUGUCAGUAGAUUUUAUCGUGUAAUCUAUUUCUAUCACUUCGAUUUUAAAUCUAAUCUCCCACUUCCGGGUAAAAGAGAAGAACAUUUUUUUUAUAUUUCACAACGUCUUCGCCAAUUUAUUCAAUUUAAUGGUAAAUAUGUAUGUUAUGACAAUCAAUAUUAAACACCCUCUUUUUAUAUAGAAACCAAA